AAAGCGAGGGGAGGUGGAGUGAAGAAGCCAUUGUUGUUUUUAAUUGUUUAACAGCACAGAAGUUGAGCUAGCUGCUAUGGGGGGAUGGGCCAAUGGGCAAACUUUAAGCACCGACUCAUCGCCGCGGGUUAGCCACCCCUCCUGCCGCUUCAAUACCCCUGGUGAGGGGCUCCAUGAGCCCUUCUUGCCACAUGCCGGAACUUUCCAAAAAAUACCGCUUCUUACAAUAAUUAGCGCUUAUAUCGUAAUACAAUUGUCACCGAACGCAAUUAAUUAUCAUUUUAAUGUGAUAAAGUUGCAUCCAGACUAUCCAAUACUCAUUCUGCCCGCUUGCCUCGCCAUGCCGGUCGGACUUCGUCUGUCUGGCCCUCAUUGGCGGUGCGUUGUGUCCCGGGAUGACCUGUUGAUGUCUGCUGAAGAUGAAGCUCCGUAAUCGAUAACGAAAAGGGCGAGUUGUGUUGAUCCACUGGAGCAUUUUAAUCAAUGUUAAGUAACCGUGAGAAAGAACAAUUUAGAGGAGGAGGGGGCAGCGGUGUGUCCCCUAUGAAGCGGCGGUGUCUUUCGGCGCGAUGCGAGGACAAGGAAGAAACCCGGAGAAGAAGCUAGCUGCUUUAUUUAAACAUUAUAUCUGUAUAUGUCCAGUGUUUUUUUUAUUAAAAGGAACAAUAUCGACAUCAAGUAGAUAAUCUUUUUUAUGGUUCUUGGUCGUUUUCGCUGUGUCGUCGCCGCCCCCCUCCGUCUUUCCCUCCCUCCCGCCUGCCCGGCCCGGGCCAGCCGAGGACUCCCAAAUCCUAGCGGGCAUCGCGGCUGGCACACGACGGGGCACCGUGAGCUCUCUCUGACCUCGUCACUGGUGGUUUUCCCCCACCUCCCUCGUCUCCUCCCCGGUCGUCUGUCGGCGAGACACCGGCUGUGCUCGACUUCCAAACCCCGUGGUGCUGGGCACAGCGUUAUGGCUCAGACGCUACAGAUGGCGAUCCCCAACUUUGGCAACAACGUCCUGGAGUGUCUGAACGAGCAGCGUUUGCAGGGCCUCUACUGUGACAUCUCUGUGGUGGUCAAGGGACACGCCUUCAAGGCGCACCGUGCUGUGCUGGCCGCCAGCUCCUCGUACUUCCGGGACCUGUUCAAUGCUGGCGGGAAGAGCUCGGUGGUGGAGCUGCCGCCCGCCGUGCAGCCACAGAGCUUCCAGCAAAUUCUAGCCUUCUGCUACACGGGCCGCCUCAGCAUGAACGUGGGCGACCAGUUCCUGCUCAUGUACACGGCCGGCUUCCUCCAGAUCCAACAGAUCAUGGAGAAGGGCACAGAGUUUUUCCUCAAGGUCUCGUCCCCGAGCUGUGACUCACAGGGUCUCCACACAGAAGAGACAGAGCCUCAGAGUCCGGUCACACCAAUGGUAGGAGGGGCCGGCGGGCCCCCGGCUUCUGGCAGACCCGCCUCUUGUCUGACACCCCUCCCCUUGGUGCACAAGGUCAAGACGGAACAGACGGCCGCUACACCUCAGCCUCAACAGACGGAGGGAUUCCCCUACUCCGUGGUCUGCAUCCCGGUGGCCAAGCGACUGUGGGAGGGGGGCAACCGCGACGGUGGAGGCGGCUCUGGAGCGGGAGGCGGCCAAAGGAAGGCUCCUCGCUACUCUUCCUCGUCAUCCUCUUCAUCGUUCUCCUCCAGCACCGCUACCCAGGAGUCGUCUGGGCAGGGUGCUCUGGCCUCCAAUGCACCCCUAUUGCCUGGUGGGGGCGGAGUCAGCAGUAACCCCAACAGCAGCAAUAACGGCAGCGCCGCCGCCGCCGCCACUACCACAAACAACAACAACAAUCAAAAUGGUGGCACCCCUGAAGGGACGAGUCCGGGCACGUUCAGCCUGUAUACGAGCGACUCGCCCAUCAGUUACCACGACGACGAGGAAGAAGACGAGAUGGCCGAUGAGAGCGCAGAGGAACAGUACAGACAAAUCUGCAACAUAUACACCAUGUACAGCAUGCUCAACGCCAACACUGCAGCGACCGGGGAAAAGGUGGAGGCUCUCCCAGACGCUGCCCCGGACUCGGGUGGUGGCCGGGGUGGCAGAGGUGGACGAGCCAGACAGGAGCUGGCAUCGCUGCCGUCAGAGCUCAUCAGCCAGAUUGGCAACCGCUGCCACCCGAAGCUCUACGAGGAGGGCGACCCCGCCGAGAAGCUGGAGCUGGUGAGCGGCACCUCGGUGUACAUCUCGCGUGCCCAGCUCAUGAACUGCCACGUCAGCGCCGGCACCCGCCACAAAGUCCUGCUCAGGCGACUGCUCGCCGCCUUCUUUGACAGGAGCACUCUGGCUAACAGUUGUGGUACCGGCAUCCGCUCAUCAACCAAUGACCCGAGCCGCAAGCCGCUGGACAACAGAGUGCUGCACGCCGUUAAAUUCUACUGUCAGAACUUCGCGCCGAGCUUUAGGGAGAGCGAGAUGAACGCCAUUGCCGCCGACAUGUGCACCAACGCUCGCCGUGUGGUCCGAAAGAGCUGGAUCCCCAAACUCAAACUCCUGAUGGCCGACAGCGACGCCUACUCCACGUUUCUUGCCGACAGCGUAAAGAUGGAGGCCGACGGGCUGGGCGGAGAGCAAGGCUUUGAUGCUGCUUCCUUGGAUGCCGUGGCGGCCGCCGGUGCCAACAGUAACGAAGCGGGCGGGGGAGCAGACACCCUCCAGGGGGCGGGAGGAGACGGCAGCACUUUGUUUUGAGUGAGUGAACUGACCAAUAUUUGGACAGAUGGGGGGAGGGAGGGGGGAGGAGCAGCGAUGAGGUUUUUCUGGUGUCGCUGCUUCUGUUGUUUGGGGAUUUUUCUUUCCUUGCUUUCUAUCUUCACCCAGCUUUGAUCUUCGCCGACGUUUACUCGCUUGCCUCGAUGUUGUCCCUCCCAAAGUGUCCGUGACAGGAGGUGGAGCGCCCCCCUCCCGAGUCUUGCGCGCGCCCCCGAGUCUUGCCCCCCACCCCACCCUUCUGCAUGUUGUCAUGGAGGUUCCUCUCCUGCCAAAAUCUGACAUUCCCAGGAGAGGCGUGACCAAGUCACAUGUGCGCUAACACUGUUGUUGUCAUACUGAAUGUACAAGCAGGGGUUGGGGGGAGGGGGCUUCACCUCGUCCCCACCCCUGCUGACGGGUCCAGAAGAACGACGCAAGUUUGUUUACGUUAAACUUUAAAUGUGUGCUGUUCCAACAAUGUUGGUCAAAGACCUGCGCUACUUCCUGUCCGCUGAGAUCUGCUGAUUCCUCAGAGAAAUGUUGAACAAUCCAGAGUCGGGGUUGGGUGGGGUGUGGGGGGGCGGUGGUGGAUUUAUACCCUUUUUAAUGUAAAAAUCCUUCUAACAAGGCGUGAGAAGCCAUGCCAGCAAGUCGAACCUUUUGUUGAUGAGGUUAGGAAUCCCAUUUUAGAUUUCUACAUCAACGUUGCCAUAGAAACCAACUUCUCUAAGACUCACAAAUACAGAGAACCUCAUUGUCACCUCUCCAACAUGUCAGCUUUUGUUCAAGGAGACGUUGGGUUCUGCGUUGACUCGGACUACUUCGAAACCUUAAAACUUUAAAUAUUUGGACGGUAAACGUCAAGCACCUUACCGUGCGGGGUGGCAUCCCGAGUGUUGCUGUCAAGCGUCGGACUGUUUAGCGUCAAUGUCGUCUUUUGGACUUUUGCCGCUAGUUAAACUGUCAAACCCCCCCCCCCCCCCUCAAAGUAAACCUUGAAGGCGCCGUCCAAUCGAGACCAGUGUUUUUUAAAAUGUGUAUAUUCAGGCUAGUGUUAUUUAAAAACAAUAUUUGAGGUACACUGUUUUUUUUUAUAUUUAAAUGUGAUUUAAGAGGCUUUAAGGCAAAGGACCCCCCCC